CGCACUGGGCUUAAGUGGAGUGGGUCAGGAAGAAAACAUUUCUUCAGCAGUUUCUUUAGAAGUUUCUCUUAACUUUUAGAUAUUACAGUGUGUUCAGAUAUUAGAGACACUUCACUUCAAAGUUCAUCGUGGGACAGAAUGACUACCACCAUGGAGAAAUCUACAAACUUUCGCAUUGAUGCGCUGCUGGCGCACGACGUGGAACAGAGGAGGGACAGUGAUGGUGCGUCCCCGGGGUUGUAUUACAGCAGAAGCCCCGGCGGCAGCCCGGUGUCAAACCGCGGCUCAGAGACGCCUUCCCCGCAUCUAAACUCAAAAGAUUGCUCUCCUGCCCCGCCAGGAGUCCUAUCCAAAGCCCAGCUCUUCAGCUUGUCCCAGUCAGGAUUCACUGCUCUGCACCAAGGGGGUCUCCUCGGAAUGCACCCGGGCUCCAUGUAUCCUCUGGCGGCCCUCGGAGGCCAGCACCCCGCCUUCAUGUACCCCGGUUUCACACAGCUGGUCCAACCAUACCCUGAGCAGCUGAAGGGGGCCACCAUGGCCGCGACGCUUACUCUGGAGCCGUGGAUCAGAGCCGGGAUGAUGAUACCCAGACUCGGAGAAUAUGGUGCCCCGGCCCAGGUAGGUUUGUUUGGGAAGUGUCGGAGGCCCAGGACAGCUUUCACCAGCCAGCAGCUGCUGGAAUUAGAAAACCAGUUCAAGCUCAACAAGUACCUGUCCAGGCCUAAACGCUUUGAGGUGUCCACUUCCCUCAUGCUGACUGAGACUCAGGUUAAGAUCUGGUUCCAGAACAGACGUAUGAAGUGGAAGAGAAGUCGCAAAGCCAAGGAACAAGCAACGCCACUGACACACACUGAAAGAGCUGGAAUGGAUUUAGACAGUGCCAAGCCUCAGAGCGAUUCACACAGCUCGAGCCUGGAGGAUGAAGAGGAGAUAGAAAGGGAUGAUGAGGAUGAAAAAGAGGAGAGAGAAGUGCUGAGGGCGGGUUCUUUAGGAUCUGUAGGCUUCAUGAGGCAUGAUGGAGAAGGAACAGGAAACUACAGCUCAUACUUAGAAGAGGAGGAGCAGAAGGAGGGAGAUCCAAGAACAAGAAGUGGGGUUUUCCCAUAGUUCUAAAGUUCAGCAUGCCUUAAUUGUAUGUCUUUUUGUAUGUAUUACCCUUGAGCAGAUAAUACACAUUGCAAUCAGGUGCACAAACAUGGUGGAAUGAAGUGGAGAACUAAUUUUUCACACCCCAACCCGUACCUGGAGCUCCCGAAUUACCAAAAGGGUAAGUUGACAUCUGCACAUUGGGCUGGGUAUGAAAACUGAUGACAUCCGACCAGAAUAAUGCCAUCUUUACCUGGACAUUUAAUGGUUUAAUGGUCAGUAGUCCAUCUGAGUUAUGACUUCAGAAUCAACAAAUAAUUCUGACGUAUAAUGGGCAUUUUUGUGCAUGAUUUACUUGUGAUUUAAACAGUGCAAACACACAGAAAGCAUGU